AGUGACGCGCCACUUCUUCCCGCGAGCCCGCGCGUCUCGCGCAGCGUGUGUUUAACCCGGAAGACGACUUGCUUCGUGGGGGCCUCCCAAGAGUUUCAAGACCCCGAAGCCCUGGGCGCCCCGCCGUGGGAGCCGAGGCUGCACGGGCAGCGCGUCAGGGGUCGCGGUGGCUCCCUCCGAGGGGAGGCGACGCGCGAGGCGCCGGCGGCCCGGGCGGGCGUCGGCAGCAGGGCGCUUGCUGCCUCGGCGCCCGCACGACGCCCGCCUCCGGCUGCACUGCGGCGCCCGUGCGAAGCCCUGCUCGGUGCUGACCUCGAGAGGGUCGAGCGAGGCCGAGGGCUUGACUUCUUGUUGCUGCAUUUCCCACAUCGUGCAGAGGAUCCCGAAUUGGAUAUCUUGUUAGUGAUGUCCAGCAUUAUUUUGGUUGUGCCAAAAAUGAUUCAGCCACUGGUCUACUUGUAGCCCUGACUCCUUAUGUGCUGCGUAUUCUUCUGCAGAGCUUGUGUGUGCAAAUGUGCACACUACUUUGUGUCUAUGGAGGGCCACAUUUAUGUGCUGAUAUGGAGCCCUGGGCGUGCGCCAUUUAAUUUUUCUGCCUCUCCAUUUCUUGACUCGAGGUAGACCCUAAAGUGGUGUCCACAAAGCCUAUUGAACUGCGGGCUUUUUGAUUGUGGAAGUUGGGCAAAGAGCCAGCUCCACCAUCUCAGGAGACUGCACUUCCUCAAGAGAGGAACCUGGAGGAGGACCUACCACCUUUUGAAAUUCUAAAAGUCAUGUCCCUCGGGUCAGAAUUUUUCAGGGAUGUGGCUGUAGUCUUCUCACAAGAAGAAUGGGAAUGGCUGGAGCCUACUCAGAGGGAUUUGUACAGAGAUGUGAUGUUGGAGACUUACCGCAACCUGGUCUCACUGGGUCUUGCCAUAUCCAAACCUGAUGUGAUCUCCUUCCUGGAGCAAGGCAAAGAGCCCUGGAUGGAGGAGAGGGUGGUGUCAGGAAGCCUGUGUACAGUCUUGAAAUCCAGAUAUGAAACCAAAGUGUCACCUCCAGAGCAGCAUGUUCAUGAAGUCAAGUCACCCCGGUGGGAGAUAAUGGAAAGACUUGCAAGUUAUGGUCUCAGGUGCUCGGGUUUGCCUGGCGACUGGGAUUGCGAAACUCAGUUUGACAGACAACCAGGAGGUCCAGACAAGCACUUCAGUCGAAUGUUAAUCAGUCAUGAAAAAAUACCCACUUUGAACCCACAAACAUCCCUCAUUUUUUACCAGAACAUUCACACUGGAGGAAAGCCACAUGGAUAUAAUAAGUGUAGAAAUGACUUCUGGCAGGAGGAAUUCCUUAUUAAUCAUCCAGGAAUUCAUUCUAACGAGAAACCCUAUAAAUGUAAGGAAUGUGGGAAGGCCUUUAAAUAUGGCUCACGACUCAUUCAGCAUGAGAAUAUUCAUUCUGGCAAGAAACCCUAUGAAUGUAAGCAAUGUGGAAAAGCCUUCAAUUCUGGUUCCAAUUUCAUACAGCACCAGAGAGUUCAUACUGGCGAGAAGCCCUAUGAAUGUAGGGACUGUGCGAAGGCCUUCAGUCGGAGUUCGCAGUUGAUUGAACACCAACGGAUUCACACUGGUGAGAAACCCUACCAGUGUAAGGAGUGUGGCAAGGCCUUCAAUCGGAUCUCACAUCUCAAAGUGCAUUACAGGACUCAUACUGGGGAAAAACCCUAUGCAUGUAAGGAGUGUGGAAAGACUUUCAGCCAUCGGUCUCAGUUGAUUCAGCAUCAGACUGUUCAUACUGGCAAGAAACUCUACGAAUGUAAGGAAUGUGGGAAAGCCUUUAAUCAGGGAUCAACUCUCAUUCGCCAUCAGAGAAUUCAUACGGGGGAGAAGCCCUAUGAAUGUAAGGUGUGUGGGAAGGCCUUUAGAGUGAGCUCCCAGCUUAGGCAACAUCAGAGAAUCCACACUGGAGAGAAGCCCUACCAGUGCAAGGUGUGUGGUAGGGCCUUCAAACGGGUGUCACACCUCACCGUCCAUCACAGGACUCACACGGGCGAGAAGCCGUAUGACUGUACGCAGUGUGGGAAGGCCUUCAGUCACUGCUCCCAGCUGGUUCAGCACCAGGCCUCUCAUGCUGAGGGAAAGCCCCGGGAACACGAAGGAUGGGGGACGACCCUUGCUCGAAGUGCCACUGCGCUUCAACACUCCAGGCUGCGGAGUGGAGACACGCACAAAUUUAUCGAGUGCAGAAGAGCCCGCCGUCGGCACAUACCCAUUGUUGAUCAUCAGGGAGUUUGUGUUGGCCAGCAGCCAUGUGAAUGGAAGUCAGGGGAAAGCCCAGCAGCUCAGGCCAGCCACAGCUGCCAGCUCCCACACCUUACAGAAAGGCCUGAGGGGGAAGGGGGUGGGAAGGCCUUCGCUCAGAGCUUGUCUUUCAUCUGAGGUUGUAAGCUCUACGGAAACAUUUGUGGAUAUAAAGGAAUGUGCUUAGACCACUAUUUAUCAGGCGGGGAAGGUUGGGGAAUAUUUAUCUCUGACACAUUCAGAAUCAUAUUUUCUAACUUCCGCUUACUAAUUUCAAUAAGAGUCAAGUUUUAGUUUUCUUGGGGGUGGGUGAAGAACUGACUGAAUUACUCCUGGAUUACUCCCCGGGAAGUACAUCAUGCAGGUACCAUAAAGGGUGACGAACAGGUCGUUCACACCAAGGGGUCAGACGGCCCAUGCUCUCCUGAGCACUGCGUGCACACAAGCCGGGGAGCCGAGCUCAGACACACCACGGGUACUGGUCAGCCUACAGAGACCCAGGCCGCACAGCAGUGGACAGAGUGGUGCCAGGGCAGGUGGUCAUCUCCUGGUCAUCACCAUUUCUCUGUGUCCCUAUUUCAGGAAGAGUCUGUUUGGGAGAGUCUCUUAAUUUCCCCAUGGGCAGCUUGUUUUGGGUCGUAUUUUGUGACUUCUGUCACAGGCAGGUGUCAUUUGCCUGCCCAGAAGCUGUGGCAGCUCACCUUAUUGGCAGCAUCGUCUCUUGCUUAGGAUGUGAAAAUGUCAGAUUCUCAUUUUCCAACCUCCUGUGCCACUCAGAGUGACCAGUGUGUCCCACUGUGAGUGGGGCUUUUGGGGAGCAGCUCGCUUCUUCCCUGUGCACUUCCCAUUGUUGGACAUCUUCACGUGGGAAGGUGAGACUGCAGCUGUCGUGGAGCCAAGAGGAGGAAAAAGGACCUGGAGAAGCCGACUCAGAGCCCGGAGACCCCAGGUUGGGGCAGCCUGAUGCCUCUGUGCGAGAAAUAAACCUUCACUGCCCAUGUUUUAGUUGGGUCUUUUGUAAAUUUGCAUCCAAAAGCAUUCCAAAUGAUAUAACUUCAAAAAUAUUUAAUUUUUUUUUACGAUUGAUAAGUGUGGCCUAAAAAUGUCAGCUUUGAUUGUCUUUUUUCAUGGCUAAAUAUAGGGCUGGUUUUUAAAUAUGUUCCAUGAACUUCAAAAAAUGUAUGCAUUCUACAUUUUUGGAUAUAAUUUUUGAAAUAAAUCUGUUAAAGCCA